GGUAGGGAGCAGAAGGCAGGGGAGGGGAGGAGGAGAACAGAGAAUCAGAAAUUCAAUAAAUUCAUACACACAUCAGGAUAAAACAUAUUAGUAUACAUGCAACAUAUACAUGAUACUUACAAGAUUGCAUAAUACAUACAAGAUAGUAUGAUACAUACAAGAUUGAUAGUGGAUAAAAAUAGAGCAUUCAAUGUAUUGGUUGCAAAACAACUUAGUGGGUAUACAGUGUGCUCAUAAUGUUACUAUUAUAAGGAUAAGCAGAGAAAUGAAGCAUAAAAACUAUAUAAAUGGUGGCAUUAAUUUGUAGGCAUACAAAAUAGGCACACAAUAUGUAUAGAUGUAUCAUAAGCAGAGCAGACAUUGUGAAUAACAGUUUGGUGGGAAUAGGCUGCUGGAAGCCGAGGGUUUCUGCAGGAAAGACUGCAGCAGCAUCCCAUAGUGGAGAGACAAAGUGCGUGGACAGAGCUAGGUUACCUUAUGCAUAUAUGUAAUGCUGGGUUAUGAUGAUGAGGAACAAUGUUAUCACAUCCAUCAGCAUUUUCAUGCAACUUGGGGAACACAGAACUACUACGAAAGAAUGCACAAAUUCUUGCAGGCCUAUUCCAGGAAAAAAACUAAAAAAAAAACGUCUCACCAGUUUCAACCAAUGCUGACCACUUUCGUCAGAACAGUAGCAGCCUAUUUACCUGAUCUGUGUGGUUUCAGACCAAAGCCGGCAGAUGUCACUGUUUCCCACUCCCAUUGCCUCACGGCCGCCUUGUCUCCUGAUUUGCGCAGCGUCGGAUGUCGUUUGGAGGGCUCGCGUUAUCACUGGCUCGGUGAGACGAGGGUUUGAAUGAGGAGGGUGUGUGAUUCUUCCGGGCGGUUCAUUCUCGCGAGGUGAGCCCACAAUACUACAGAAGCUUAAUCGGGGGAUUCCUUCUCUCGGUCUUUGGUUAUCUCUCAAUAACGUUACAUGAUUUUCCUCGUCGACUUCAUUAUAAGCCGGCUGAAAGGAGAUGCGCCGAGACAAACGUGGAUAUAUUAUACCGACAUCGCAGGAGGAGGGAGACAUGUAAAGUGUCCGAAGCGGCACCUGAUACCGAACGAGCAAGCACUAGGGACUAGCCUACCUCUCCAUUCUACUCCGUUAUAUUUUUGUUCAUUUUCAGAGCGCAUUGUUUUUCACAAGGCAGGAUAUUCUUCAUGUGGAUAUAAUUACCAACAACAAAGUCCAGAAUGGCUGAGGAAAUAUCAGAUGUUCCCAAAGAACUGCUCGAGAGCAUAAAGGAUGCGGUGGGGAGGAAGAUCAAACUGGCCGUGAAGAAGAGGGUUAAACUGGAGAUCAAAGGGGACAAGGUGGAGAACAGAGUUCUGGCACUCGCCUCUCAUCGGGCCUACGUCCUCACAGCACGGAUCCCCUCCAAGGUAGAGCAGACUUUCAAUUAUUUGGAGAUUCAAGGAAUCACUUGCAAUAAGCCCACGCAGCUGGCCAUAGAGUAUGAGAGGGGCCAGGUGUCACUGAAGCUGGCUUCAACAGAGGAGGUGAAUGACCUGGUGGCCCACAUAGGCAGCUGUCUUCAAAGGAUAUGUCCAGGCCUGUCCCCGCCGAAGGUGAUGAAGAAGCUGGUGAUGGAACCAGCAGACAGACUGAGCAGUCUACAGAAUGCUUGGGACAGCCAGAACCUCCCCGAGCCUGGACCGUGUGGGGGAUUCUCUCAGCAGUACCGCUGUGUGUGUGACUGGCUCGGCCUGCCCUACAGAGAGGAGGUCCAGUGGGAUGUAGACACAAUCUAUCUGACCCAAGACACCCGAGAACUCAAUCUUCAGGAUUUCAGUCACCUGGAGAACAGGGAUUUGGUGGCUAUUAUUGCAGUCCUGGAGUACAACCAGUGGUUCACAAAGCUCUCAACCAAGGAUUAUAAACUGCAGAACCCCCUACCCCUGCCUCCUUCCUCAACCUCCUCCAGCAUUCGGAGUGUUUUGACUACCCUCCGCUUCCCGACCUCCACUCUCUGCAACGGAACCAGCCUCAGAUCUGCAGACGUCUGUGAGCAGAUCCUGAGGGUGGUGGCCCGCUCCAGUCGCCUGGAGGAGCUGGUGCUGGACAACGCGGGACUCAAAACGGACUUUGUACAGAAGCUGGCUAAUGCGCUGGCCCAUAAUUCCAGCUCAGGGCUCCAUACUCUAAACCUUGCCAACAACCCACUUGAGGACAGAGGAAUCGCCUCUUUGGGUGCCCAGUUUGCCAAACUCCGCAAGGGCCUCACACAUCUCAAUUUCUCCAAAACCUCACUGUCGCCCAAAGGGGUGAAUAGCCUUGCCCAGUCACUCAGUGCCAACCAGUCCAUCCCCAGCACUCUCACCCACCUCGACCUCUCAGGGAAUAUACUGCGGGGAGACGACCUCACGAAUUUUUACAACUUCCUCGGCCAACCGAACAGCUUGACCACACUGGACCUUUCCAACACUGACUGCUCACUCGACCUGGUCUGCUCCGCUCUGCUCCGAGGCUCUGUACAGCACCUUGCUGUUCUCAACAUGUCCAAGGGAAUUUUCCCCCAUAGGAAGGGAAAGGACAUACCUCCUGCAUUUAAGCACUUCUUCAGUAGUGCCCUGGUCCUGAGCAGCAUCAACGUGUCUGGAACUAAACUACCACCUGAGGCCUUAAAAGCUCUUCUCCUGGGACUAGCCAGUAAUCCAAAUAUUAAGGAGGUUUCAUUAGAUCUUAGUUGCUGUGAGCUUGGCCACUGUCUGAGGUCAGGAGGCUGUCAGAUCCUGGAGGGCUGCAUCGCUGAAAUCCCCAACAUCUCCAGCCUGGAUAUCUCAGAUAAUGGACUCGACUCGGAUAUGGCCACCUUGUUAGUGUGGCUGGCCAAGAACCGAUCAAUUCGUCAUCUCUCUCUGGGAAAAAACUUCAACAACAUCAAAUCAAAAAACCUGGCGGCUGUCCUGGACAACCUAGUGCACAUGAUCCAGGAGGAGGAAUUGCCGCUAACAUCCCUGUCCCUGGCGGACUCCAAGCUGAAGACAGACCUGACCAUUGUGCUGAAUGCGCUGGGCAGCAACACCUCGCUGACACGGGUGGACAUCAGUGGGAAUGGCAUGGGGGACAUGGGGGCUAAGAUGUUAGCCAAAGCGCUACAGAUCAACAGCAAACUUAGGACCGUCAUGUGGGACAGGAACAACGUCAGCCCACAAGGCCUGCAGGAUGUGGCAGCAGCACUGGAGAAGAACUUCACCAUCAGGUUUAUGCCCAUCCCCAUCAUCGACGCGUCUCAGGCGCUCAAAGCCAGCCCAGAGAAGACUGAGGAUGCCCUGCUCAGGAUUGAGCAAUACCUGUUCAGAAACCAUGAGACCCGGAAAUACCUCCAGGAACAAGCUUACAGGUUGCAGCAGGGCAUCGUCACAACAACCACACAGCAGAUGAUUGACCAGAUUUGCGUGAAGGUCCAAGACCACCUCAACUCGUUAAGGAAUUCUGAGGCAGACACGGUCGUAGAGGAUAUCAAGACCGCAGAGAACCUGAUGAAGGACGCCAGAAACUCUAAAACACUCCUGCCCAACCUGUACCACCUGGGGGCGAUCUCCAGGGAGGAGCUGAAUGGCUCCACAGUGGGCCCCAUCCAGGAGAAGCUCGACUCCAUGGCGGGGGAGGUGGCCCGGGUCAUGGACGAACAAUUACAGAGUUUGCUGGAGUCAAUGGUGGAUUCAGCAGAAGGUCUGUGUCCGCACGUGAUGCGGAAGGCCAACCUGCGACAGGACCUGAUGAAGGCUUGCGUGGGCAAGAUGGUGGUCCCCCGCAGCUUUGUCAAGGACACCCUACUGGAGCAGUCGGGCAUCGACAUCAUCAAUAAGAUCAGUGAGGUGAAGCUGAGCCUCGCCUCCUUCCUGUCAGACCGCAUUGUUGAUGAGAUACUUGUAUCGCUCUCCAGUUCCCAACAUACACUGGCUGAGCACUUGUGCAGGAAGGGGCAGGCACUGACACGGCAGGGCUCGCUGGAUCUGGACGUGCCCGAGGAGAGAGGCUCCAAACGGGGCACACUGGAGCUCAUGGAGGGUGAGAGGCUGGAUGACCUCGAGACCUGCAUGACUCUGUGCUGUACCAGUAUGACCCCAAAGUCCAAGAGGAAGAGCAUUCACAGCCGAAUGCUGCGGCCAGUCUCUCGUGCCUUUGAGAUGGAGUUUGACCUGGACAAGGCUCUGGAGGCCGUGCCCGUCCAUCUGGACGACCAGGCGGCUUCCAGUAAGCUGGAGAAGAAGGCGUCGGGAGCCAUGGGCGAGCUGCCCUCAGAGGAGUGCAAGAAGCUCCAGCACUUCACCAAGCUCAGGCCCAAGAGGAACAAGAAGACCAACUCCAGCAAGGUCCCACAAAUCAGCCCUGCUCCCCCACAGGAGGGAGAGCAGAACGGCCUCAUGGGAAGAGUGGACGAGGGAGUGGACGAGUUCUUCUCCCGGAAAGUCAGCAAAAUGGACAAACGGCCUUUCCUCAGGAGCUCCGACUCACAGGAUGGUGAGAAGAAGAAGAAAGGAGGCUUCCUGAACCUCAUCAAGUCCCGCUCCUCCAGAUCGGACAAGAGCCAUGCCCCGGCCCCAGCCCCAGCCCAAGCCCCAGCCCCAGCUCCUGCCCCCACCGCCUCUGCCUCUGCCUCCUGCUCCACACCAGCCUCUGCACCAGCAUCAACCCCCGUGGUCCUGGAGGAGCCCUCCUCACCCAAAGUGAGGAGCCCAGUCCCAGAGGCCAGGGCCCGGCCCCCGGCAUCAGCGGCGACAGAGCGCAGCAGCAGUUCGGACCGCUCGGAGGAGCUGAGGACGCCCGACUCCAUAGACUCUCUGGACUCGGCCGAGGGCAGCCCCCAGAGCGGCAGGCGCUACGGGGUGCAGGUCAUGGGCUGUAACCUACUGGCUGAGAUGAAGGCCAAGCAGGAGAAGAGGGCAUUCGGCUCACAUAAGAUACCAGACUCCGGGUCAAGUCUGGACAGACCCGAGACUCCUGGGUCAGUUAAGGGCCAGCCUGCCAGCGCAGAAAAUAAACAUCCUGCUGGACUGAAGGGGGAAGGGGCAGUUGGUUCUGAGAAGCCCGCAGUGACGGAGUCUAAAUCUGACAAGCCUGAGAAGCCGGAGAGGCCCGACCCGGCAUUGAAACCCAAAGCCCCGUGUGCCGCUCAGACGCCCCCCAGUCCGAAGCCCCCGCCUCAGGGGAGCAAACCGACCCUGGCUGCCCGGCCUUCCAUCCCUCAGAAGCCACGGCCCAGCUGCAAGAGCACUGACGAAGCCCCUGACUCUCCUGGAGCUAGUACGCCCCCUAAAGGACCAGGUCUGCCACACAGCCUGAAGAGAGUGCCCUCAUUGAAGGAGGGACCCACGCUGGGGAGCAGACGCACCCCUCAGGAGGCGGAGCUUCCAGCAGAGGCUAGUGUGCCCGACCUAGGCCAGGACCUCGAGCGACUGGUGACAGCCCCCAGGGUCCGACCCCUGCGCCGCACCUCCAGCGCCACUGCUGAGGAGGAGACCCAGCCGCAGGCGGGCCGGACUUCCCUUACAUGGCCCGUAAAGCAGGGAUCCACAUCCGACUCCCCCCAGAGCUCCAGCCUAGGCCCCGGCCGACUCGCAGCGAGAGAGAACGGCACCAAGCCCAAGGACCGGGACAAGAGCAAGGAGGAGGUCGGCGGCAACAAAGACUUUGUAUUUAUCUGAGAAGGGUGCGCAGAGACGUAAUGGCCCCACUGUGUCCACUUGCUUCCUUCUCCACAAGAGCCAUCAGGAAAUGCUAUGAGACUGUUAGAGAAGCUGCCUUCCACCUCUACUGUAGCGCACCCCUCAGGUCCCCCCUUACGUCAGGCAUCUCUCUUUUGGAGAACCAAACUAGAAUCGGUUUAACCUUUGAACUAUUGUUAGGGAGAUUUGAUUGUUUUGGUGAGUUCUUCCAGAAGUUUGUUUCUUUCCAGACCCCCCCACUGAAGAGGAGGUCAUCCUUAAAACCUGCACAUUGUAGUCCCCCCC